AAACUUCUUCCAACCCUCUCGUUUCUCACUCCACCAUCGCUAUCGCUCUCUUUAUCGCUUGAUAAGAAUUAAUUAAUUUUAAUUCUCUCCUUUUUCUAUCGACAAUUAUUCACCGGAUCUUACCCACUCGACUCCAUACACGAAUUGAUCGUUAGCCGGAUAGCUUCAGAAUUCUACCCUUGCUUCGGUCGGCUUUUGGCGUACCCGCGCGCGUCUUUCCUCCCUUGGUACCCCCUUGGACUCGCGACCGCCCAAGUUCAUCGCUCACAACGUCCACGUCUUACGGACACUCUUGGUUACGGCCUUUGUCUUCAAUCAUUGCUGUUCAAUCCAUUGUGUGCAUAACCUGAGUUCGGACUGAACCGUGGUGAACACCUCCCACAAUGGCGUCGACACCUCCGCCGCCGUCAACUCUGCGUGUGCCGCCCACUCCACGACAUGGACCCGGAUAUGACCAAUAUGAACCGUACACUACGCGACAUUCCGCCAGAUUAGCUAGCCAACGGGCAUCAAAGGAGAGACACACCACUCCCCCACCGAGUUUUCCGAUAUCGCAAAGUUCCAAAAGCACAAAGAAGCAACAUAAGGAACUGGGAGCAUUGUCACCACCUGAAUCGGCUCACAGGUCCCCCCGCAAGAAGACAUCCGAUCGGAUCGGCAGUUUCCUUGCCUCACGUUCGCUAGAUGGCGUCUCUGAACUAGACGACUCAGAUCCUUUCGACACCGCUGAGCCUUCCAGCUCAACUCGUCCAUUACACGCCUUCCGGACCACCAUGUCACAGGGAAUGCUACCAACACCUGCCAAAACACCCAAGAAGAAAGCAGUUGGUGAUAUUGGAAACACAGCGCGGGCUCUCUUUCCUCCGCCCUCUGGACGCCCCAAGAAGAGCAAGAAAUACACCGGCUUUUCUCUGGAUAGCUUCGACGAUAAUGCUCAUGGCGGAUCCGAUAUCCAGAUUUACACCGACUCUCGUGACCGAAUCCCAGAGCCGGACGAAAGCGAGGACAAUCCAUUCUGCAAAAGGCCCACUGCACCUACACGUUUUUCGAGACGCAGGGCAGAGCAAAUUAAGCGCGAUAAGGAAGUUGACGAAUCAGUCAAACGUGACGAUGGUAUGACUUAUGUAUUCCGUGGCAAGAAAAUUUUCCGCAAGUUUGUCGACCCAGUUGACAGUGAUGGGGAUGAUGGCGAUGACGACUUGGGCUUGCUCGCAGCUCGCCCAGAUCUUUUGGACGAAGACAUUACUGCCAACGUUCGACCGCUCACUCGCUCGUCCAUUAAGCCUCGUGUGCUCUUCCCCACAGCAAAUGACCGCGCGCUUCCGUCAAAUCAUGGUGGUGAUGUCGAUGAAGAAGCAGCCACUGACAUUGAAGACCACAUGCUCGUUCCUGACGUAGUAGAAACUGUGGAUCGCCCUGUCGACGUUGAGAUGAAGCAGCGACCAGUCACUCCCCCACCGAAUACUGUUGAAACUCCUCCCUCGCCAGGUGCGACAAUACGCUCAUUGCGUCCUCGAACCAAGCGUGAUGAGCCGGAGCACAGAACACCUACGGUCCCAGAGGCCAAAAAGAAACGCGUCAGUCCCUUUGAUGGUUGGCUGAGGAGGAAACCGACUCCUGUGCCCGCAGGGUCUAAAGCCAAGAAGAGGGACGCUGCUGAAACGGCUGGCAGCCCUGGUGGCCCGGCUACCAAGAAAACCAGAGGAAGCCGAGCUGCUGUCACACCGUCGUGACUUGCAUAAUCUCAGAUGCUGUUGGUAUGCGAUGUAAUCCGCCUUUUUACACUCUUUGAAUUUUUAC